UGUUGUUGGUAAAUGACACGUCGAUUUACCAUCAGUUGGUCGUCGAACAAAAAUUAAACAGCAAAUUACUGCAAUAUGGUGUAAUUUUUGUAGUAUAUAUUCAAAGUUAGAAAGCACUUGACUACUUUAUAAAUGCAAUUCGAGGUGAACCUAAGCAGGUGACAGCAGCGCAACUUAAUUCUGACAAACAUUUAUAUUUUUAAGAAGGCCUUGAUUUCAUUUUAAAUCUGCAGGUUUAAGGCGCCUUUACAAAACGUGCAAUGAUGAACCUUUGGAGGGAGAUUCUUCUCUUAACGACGGUGCUGGCUCUGUGCCAAGCAGCUCCGGUUCUCGACAAAAAGGUUGAAGAAUCGGAAGAGGAGGAGGAGGGAGAAGUAGAGAAUACUGGACUAGAAUAUGACAACUAUCUCAGAAUGGUCGUAAAAACACUGGAAAAUGAUCCGGAGAUGAAGAAAAAACUGGAUGAUUUAAGUCUGGAUGAUUUGAAGACGGGUAAAAUGUCAGAAAUCAUGGAUGGUGUUUCAGACAAGAUUAGAGCCAGACUAGAUGAUUUGAAACGCACUGAGAUUCAACGAUUGAGACAGGUUGCCAAACAACGUUUCCAACAAGCCAAUCACCGCUCGAUGGACCAGAAAUCCAUUGAUGACAUGGUCGGACACAUUGAUAUCAACAGUAUGGAUCAGUUCGGUGGAAAAGACUUUGAAAAACUCAUUAAAAAGGCCACUGAGGAUCUGGACAAAGCAGACUCUGCUCGUAAGCAGGAAUUCAAACGCUACGAGAUGCAGAAGGAGAUCGAGCGACGGCAGAAGCUCACGACGCUGGAUGAAGAAAAGAGGAAAGCUGCUGAGCAGGAGUUUCAAGAAAAGCAUAACAAGAAAAAGGAGAAGCAUCUUAAACACCCGGGAAGCAAGCCACAACUUGAAGAGGUUUGGGAAGAGACCGAUCACCUUGAGAAAGACGACUUCAAUCCUAAGACAUUCUUCCAAUUACACGACACAAACACCGACGGCAAUCUAGACGUCUUUGAGCUUGAGGCCUUGUUUGUAAAACAGGUACGCACUUAUUACGAAUCAAUUAACGAUGGCAAUCCUGACCCUAACGAAGUAAGAGAAGAAAUGGCUCGAAUGCGGGAACAUGUCUUGGGCGAGAUUGAUACUGACAAGGAUCAUAUGGUCAGUAAGAAGGAGUUCUUAGCGGCCACAGACUCUGAUGACUUUGAAGAAGAUAAAGGAUGGGAGGAUCUUGACGAGAAAGACAUCUACACAGAAGAGGAGCUGGAUACCUACGAGAAGAAGAUCGAAGAUGAGAUGCGAUCUCUGAAGCUGAAGAUGCAGCAAGAGCAUGAGGCAUUCAAACAACAGAAGCAAGAAGGUGGAGGAGCUGUCAAGAUGAGCCAGGGGGGCACACUUAAUGCUGAACAGCUAGCAGAUCAAGCAAUACAAAAUGCUGCAGACAAAGAGGCUGAAAACUUCCAUCAAGCUCACGAACAAAUCCAAAAUACCGUCAAUCAGGCAAAAGUCCUUGCGGAAAAGGCAAUGAAAGAGAAACAGGCGCAGGAAGCAGCCGUUAAGCAAGCACAGUUAAAAGCACAAGAAGAAAUAAAACAACAACAACAACAACAAGCUGAUCCACAGGCUCAGCUUAAAGUUCAACAAGAGGCCCAAUUAAAGGCUCAACAAGAGGCCCAACUUAAGGCCCAACAAGAGGCUCAACUUAAAGCCCAGCAACAACAGCAAGCCCAACAGCAAGCCCAACAACAAGCCCAACAACAAGCCCAACUACAAGCCCAACAACAAGCCCAACUACAAGCCCAAAAGCAAGCCCAACAACAAGCCCAACAACAAGCCCAACAGCAAGCCCAACAGCAAGCCCAACAACAAGCCCAACAGCAAGCCCAACAGCAAGCCCAACAGCAAGCCCAACAGCAAGCCCAACAGCAAGCCCAACAACAAGCCCAACAGCAAGCCCAACAACAAGCCCAACAACAAGCCCAACAACAAGCCCAACAACAAGGAGGUGCUCCUGCUCCAGCUGAUGGUGGAAACCCACCAGGGGCGCAGUAGAUUUUCUGCUCCUCACGGAACUCUAAAACAUUCCGCUGUGAACGUCUGUAGCUCAUCAAGAUUAUAUUUUUGUAUUAGCAAGAUGCACAAUCAAAAUCUUACGCAUUAAGUUCCUGAGCUUUGAGUUACCAGCCAAAUAGAAGCUAUUUGAAGCAUGUUGGUUGUGACUGGUACCCUGGUCAUGUGCACAUGCUCAGAACUUUGGAAGAAGCACCAUGUAUCUCAUGGGUUGGUCUUUAACUUUGGAUUUCUCUGUUCAGUGCCCAAUUUCAUAUAGCUGCUUGAGCACAAAAAGAUGCUAAGCACAAUAAUAUUAACAGACAAUUCUUUGGAAAUAUUUUUGCUUAAGCAACUCUAUUAAAUUGGCCCUGUUUGUAAUUGUUAAAAUGUUAGGUAUGGGCAGCCAUUGUUGGCAAUAAAUUUAUUUGGUGAGAUUCUUGGAAGGUAAAGGUUUGUUUGACAUAAAAAUGUAGUAAUAAGAGAGUCUUAACUGUCUAGCUCUUAUGCUGUUUCUGUUGCUGUUAAAUAGGUUGUCCUUAAUAGUUUACCCCUGGGCCUAAUUUUAUAGAGCUGCUUAAGCAGGCAAUUCUGCUUACAAAUUGUGUACUUAGCAUAAAUUUGCAGGAUACCAGUCAGAAAUGGUGCAUGUCACAUGGUGUUUUGGCUGGUAAUUUUUUGUUCUGCUUAAGCAGUUCUAUUGAACUAGGCCCCAGGCCUUAAAUAAAAUGACACAUGUCUAUUGCAUUGUGGUAAAGAUAGAAAAAUGUUCUAUGUUUUGGCUGGAGCCUACUUUCCAAAAACAUGAUUUGUUGCAUUAAUUGUUAAAAAAGUUCAAACAAUUUUGCCUCUUUCUAUUGUUAAUGUGAACUCUGUAUCCUUUUCUUUGUACAUUGUGUAUUUUAUUAUUUCAGUUUAAAAUGUUCAUUGAUAUGACUUUAAAUUGUGUACUUUGUUUAAAAAGUACAAGAAAUAUUUCAACUAUUAAAAAACGUUAAUCAGCCAUAUUGGUAAAUAUUAAAAGAUACAAUGUGAGGUUUAAAACUCUUGGUGGCAGCAGACUUAACAAGUAAAUAAAUAUUGUGUUUGUAAUCCUGAACAUGCGCUUUUACGUAAACCAUUGAUUUAUAUAGUCUGCUGCCACCUAGCGUCACCCAUGGGAAGCUUGUAAGCUGUGCCCAAUUUCAUAGAUCUGCUUAAACACAAAAAGUGGCUAAGCAAAACAAAUUUGCUUACUAGAAUGAGUCUACUAACCAAAGUCACAUGUUCAAUUUGUGGCUGGUAUCCUGCUCAUUUCUGCUAAAAAUAGAAAAUUGUUAUGCAAUAUUUACUGCUUUUAAGUAGCUUAAAAGCAACUUUAUUCAGCCCUGAAGUGGAAUGUAAUUUUCUUUGAAACUUAAUUUUACCUUGAAUAAAGUAAGACUGUUGUCUGAGAUUGGUUUCAAAAUAUCUUGAGUGGAAUGUUAAAGUGUAUGAGACAAAAAAAAUGCAAGAUUACUUCAUUGUAUUCCAUUUCAUCUAAGAAAUAACUAUAACUUGUACACUUGCGGGUACAACCAUAAGAUCUCUUUUGAGGGAGUGUUUGCUCUGAAUAGAGUUGGUAGGUGGUCUUGACAUUUGAACAGUUAACUCUGCUCGUCUUCAAGAGAAUGGUUGCAUAUUCAUUUCAAUUUUAUUUUGAAUGGUUGUCAAGCUUUAGGUGUAUAUUCACUGUUAAUAAUUGAAUCAAAUAAUUGGACAGUUUUUGAGCAACGUUUGCCAUCUUUUCCUAGCUACAAAAUCUCUAAGAAGUGGUUUAUUUAUUUUGUAUAAUUAUUACUAAUUUAUGUGUAGGUAUUUUACAGUGCCUCGUUGAUACACAGUACAUGUAUUAGUCUUGUAUAAAAAUUGGAAUGAUAAAAUUGUGCUUUGCUCGCUACUUGAUGAAAAUUAAUAGCUUGAUGAAUAUGCAUUAGGCCUACUUGAUGAAUAUGCAUUACUUGAUGAAUAUUAAUUACUUGAUAAAUAUUCAUUGCUUGAUAAAUAUUCAUUGCUUGAUGAAUGUCAAAUUAAAUUGGAAAAACACCUUAAAUGUU